GGGUUUCACAUAACAAUGAAGGCAAAACCAAAGCUGAUUGAGCCAAUAGACUAUGAGAAUGUCAUUGUUCAGAAAAAAACACAAAUACUCAAUGAUGCCUUGCGUGAGAUGCUGCUUUUCCCCUAUGAUGACUUCCAGACAGCGAUAUUGAAACGAGAGUGUCACUAUAUAUGCUCUACAAUUCCUGUUAAUGCAGAGAAAGAAGCUCGCAGCUUAUUUGUGACAGAGUGCAUUAAAACAUACAGCUCUGACUGGCAUGUUGUUAAUUAUAAAUAUGAAGACUACUCAGGAGAUUUUCGGCAGCUUUCAAACAAAGGAACCAGAUUAGAAAAACUUCCAGUUCAUGUGUAUGAAGUUGAUGAAGAAGCAGAUAAGGAUGAGGAUGCAGCAUCUCUAGGAUCUCAGAAAGGGGGAAUUACAAAGCAAGGAUGGCUGUACAAAGGCAACAUGAACAGCGCUAUCAGUGUUACUAUGAGGUCAUUCAAAAGAAGAUUUUUCCACCUACUCCAACUUGGCGAUGGAUCAUAUAAUCUCAAUUUCUACAAAGAUGAGAAAAUAUCUAAAGAACCAAAGGGGUCAAUCUUUCUGGAUUCCUGCAUGGGAGUGGUCCAGAACAACAAAGUCAGGCGUUAUGCUUUUGAGCUCAAGAUGCAAGACAAGAGUAGCUAUCUCCUGGCAGCAGACAGUGAAAUUGAAAUGGAAGAAUGGAUAACAACUCUAAACAAAAUUCUCCAGUUAAAUUUUGAAGUUCUAAUGCAAGAAAAAAGAAACGGAGACCAUCAUGAUGAUGAUGACCAAAGCAAGAUGGAUAGUUCCUCCUCCAGUAUAGAUAGCUAUCUUCCUGAAAUUGCCAAGGGUUACAGAGAUUCUGAGAUCAAAUUCAAAAGUGAAAGCAGGGUUAAACUCUUUGCCUUGGAUCCAGAUACACAGAAACUUGAUUUUUCUGGUAUCGAGCCAGAAGUAAAGCCAUUUGAAGAAAAGUUUGGGAAGAAAAUCCUGGUGAAGUGCAAUGAUUUAUCUUUCAAUCUGCAAAGCUGUGUGGCUGAAAAUGAAGAAGGACCAACAACAAAUGUAGAGCCAUUUUUCAUCUCACUGUCACUAUUUGACAUUAAAGAAAACCGGAAGAUUUCAUCAGACUUCCAUGUGGACUUGAACCACAGCACAGUGAGACAAAUGAUACCUAAUGCAUCACAGCAGUUGUUGAAUGGCAGCAGUGAUUGCUUACAUCAGAUUCAAGUUCUUAUUCCAGAGAUUAUGUUGCAGUAUCCAAAACAGGGAAUCUUCUCCGUAAUGUGUCCACAUGCUGAUAUUUUUCUGGUGGCUAGAAUAGAAAAAGUCCUUCAGGGGAGCAUUACUCACUGUGCUGAGCCAUAUAUGAAAAGUUCUGAUUCUUCUAAGGUUGCUCAGAAGGUUCUGAAAAAUGCUAAGCAGGCAUGCCAGCGACUAGGACAGUACAGAAUGCCAUUUGCUUGGGCAGCUAGGUCACUAUUUAAGGGCAAGUGUGGAACACUGGAUAAAAAUGCAAGAUUUUCACCACUCUACAAACAAGAUAGUAAUAAACUCUCAAAUGAAGACAUGCUUAAAUUGUUGGCUGAUUUCAGAAAACCUGAAAAGAUGGCCAAGUUACCCGUUAUUUUAGGAAACCUAGACAUAACGAUUGAUGAUGUUUCUCCAGAUAUUCCAAAUUUUGUUAACUCAUCAUACAUUCCCAUGAAACAGUUUGAAAACAGUAUCAAGACAGUAUUAACGUUUGAAGUAGAGGAGUUUGUUCCCUGUAUACCAGAACAUACUCAGCCUUUCACCAUCUACAACAAUCACCUUUAUGUUUAUCCAAAGCACUUGAAAUAUGACAGUCAAAAGUCAUUUGCAAAGGCAAGAAAUAUUGCAGUGUGCAUAGAGUUUAAGGAUUCGGAUGAUGAAGAUUGUCUCCCUCUAAAGUGUAUCUACGGCAGACCAGGUGGACCAAUAUUUACAAGACAAGCAUUUGCUACUGUUCUGCAUCACCACCAAAACCCAGAGUUUUAUGAUGAGGUAAAAAUAGAGUUGCCCACACAGCUACAUGAAAAACACCAUUUGUUGUUUACCUUCUACCAUGUCAGCUGCGAUAAUUCAAGCAAAGGGACUACCAAGAAGAAAGAUAUCAUUGAAACACAAGUGGGGUAUUCUUGGCUUCAACUUUUAAAAGAUGGCAGAGUUGUGACAAAUGAACAACAUAUCCCAGUAUCUGCUAAUCUUCCAUCUGGAUAUCUCAACAAUCAAGAACCUGGCAUGGGCAAACAUUCUAGUCCCGAAAUUAAAUGGGUAGAUGGAGGCAAGCCACUACUAAAGAUUUCCACACAUCUAGUUUCCACUGUAUAUACACAGGACCAACAUUUAAACAAUUUCUUCCAUUACUGUCAAAAAACUGAGUCUGGAGCUCAAGCCAUAGCAGCUGACCUUGUCAAGUAUCUUAAGAGUCUUCAUGCUAUGGAAGGCCAUGUAAUGAUAGCUUUUCUGCCUACUAUUUUAAACCAGUUGUUUCGAGUCCUUACUAGAGCAACUCAGGAAGAAGUUGCAGUGAAUGUAACAAGGGUCAUCAUUCAUGUAGUUGCCCAGUGCCAUGAUGGAGGGCUGGAGAGCUACUUGAGGUCCUAUGUCAAGUAUGCUUACAAAGCAGAGCCUUAUAUUGCUUCUGAAUAUAAGACCGUACAUGAAGAACUUGCCAAAUCUAUGACAACCAUCUUGAAACCAUCUGCUGACUUCCUUACAAGCAACAAGUUGCUUAAGUACUCCGGGUUUUUCUUUGAAAUUCUCAUCAAAUCAAUGGCCCAGCAUCUGAUAGAAAAUGCUAAAAUAAAGUUGUUACGAAAUCAGAGAUUUCCUGCUUCUUACCACCAUGCUGUAGAAACCGUUGUCAACAUGCUGAUGCCACACAUUACUCAAAAAUAUAAAGAUAACUCAGAAGCUUCAAAGAAUGCAAACCAUAGCCUUGCUGUCUUCAUAAAAAGAUGUUUCACCUUUAUGGACAGAGGAUUUGUGUUCAAGCAAAUUAAUAACUAUAUCAGCUUCUUUGCUCCCGGAGACCCAAAGACCCUUUUUGAGUUCAAAUUUGAAUUUCUUCGAGUAGUGUGUAAUCAUGAGCACUAUAUUCCUUUGAAUCUUCCUAUGCCGUUUGGAAAAGGCAGAAUCCAGAGAUACCAAGCUUUUCUUUCACCAACAGUGGAGUCCUAUGACACUCAUAUAGAUCUUCAGCUUGACUAUUCCUUGUCAGAUGAGUUCUGCAAGCAUCACUUCUUGGUAGGACUGCUCCUCAGAGAGGUGGGAAAUGCAUUACAAGAGUUCAGAGACAUUCGUCAAAUUGCCAUCAGUGUUCUGAAGAAUUUGAUGAUAAAGCAUUCUUUUGAUGAAAGAUACACUUCUAGGAGCCAUCAAGCAAGAAUAGCUACAUUGUACCUGCCCACAUUUGGACUACUAAUAGAAAAUGCCCAUCGAAUUGAUGUCAAAGAUGUUUCACCUUUCCCCAUUCAUGCUUCCAGUACUAACACGAAAGAUGAGUCACUUAGCUUACCAGCUGCAAAUCCACUGGUGACUCCCCAAAAAUCUGUGAAUACGCUUGAUAACAACCUCCACAAAGACUUGUUUGGUGCUAUAUCAGGCAUUGCAUCCCCAUAUACCUCUUCCACUCCAAACAUUAAUUGUGUGAAAAAUGCAGACUCAAGAGGCUCUCUUAUAAGUACAGACUCAGGAAACAGUCUUCCAGAAAGGCACAGUGAAAAGAGCAAUUCUCUUGACAAGAACCAACAAACUUCAGGAAGUAAUGUAGUCCGAUGCGACAAACUUGAUCAAUCUGAAAUCAAGAGUCUACUGAUGUGUUUCCUUCAUAUAUUAAAAAGCAUGUCAGAUGAUGCUCUGUUCACAUAUUGGAACAAGGCUUCAACAUCUGAACUCAUGGAUUUUUUCACAAUUGCAGAAGUGUGCUUACAUCAAUUUCAGUAUAUGGGAAAACGGUAUAUUGCCAGGAACCAGGAGGGGUUGGGAUCCAUAGUUCAUGAUCGAAAAUCUCAGACAUUGCCUGUUUCCCGUAACAGAACAGGGAUGAUGCAUGCCAGAUUACAACAGCUGAGCAGCCUGGAUAACUCUCUCACAUUUAGUCACAGCUAUGGCCAUUCAGAAGCAGAUGUCCUUCACCAGUCUUUACUUGAAGCCAACAUUGCAACUGAAGUUUGCCUUACAGUUCUGGAUACUUUAUCUUUAUUCACAAUGGCAUUUAAGAAUCAAUUACUGACGGAUCAUGGGCAUAAUCCGCUAAUGAAAAAGGUAUUUGGUGUAUACCUUUGCUUUCUGAAAAAAAACCAGUCGGAAACAUCAUUAAAAAGCGUCUUCAAUGCUUUAAGAUCACUAAUUUAUAAGUUUCCGUCUACAUUUUAUGAAGGGAGAGCUGACAUGUGUUCUGCACUGUGCUAUGAAAUUUUGAAGUGCUGCAACUCCAAACUGAGUUCUGUUCGAACUGAAGCUUCACAACUCCUUUAUUUCUUGAUGAGGAAUAAUUUUGAUUAUACAGGAAAGAGGUCAUUUGUAAGGACGCACUUACAGGUUAUCAUUUCUGUGAGUCAGUUGAUUGCAGAUGUUGUUGGAAUUGGAGGAACCAGAUUUCAGCAGUCUCUUUCCAUCAUUAAUAAUUGUGCUAACAGUGACAGACUUACCAAGCACACUACAUUCCCUUCUGAUGUAAAGGAUUUGACAAAACGCAUUCGUACAGUCCUGAUGGCUACAGCACAAAUGAAGGAGCAUGAAAAUGAUCCAGAAAUGCUUGUGGAUCUACAGUACAGUUUGGCAAAGUCUUAUGCCAGCACACCUGAACUCAGGAAGACAUGGCUGGAUAGUAUGGCAAGAAUUCAUGUUAAAAAUGGAGAUCUUUCAGAGGCAGCCAUGUGCUACGUACAUGUAACAGCUCUGGUGGCAGAAUAUCUUCUGCGAAAAGGAAUGUUUAAGCAAGGCUGUAUAAGCUUCAGAGUAAUCACUCCAAAUAUAGAUGAAGAGGCUUCAAUGAUGGAAGAUGUGGGGAUGCAGGAUGUUCACUUUAAUGAAGAUGUACUUAUGGAAUUGUUAGAACAAUGUGCAGAUGGGCUAUGGAAGGCUGAACGUUAUGAACUGAUUGCUGACAUCUAUAAGCUUAUCAUUCCAAUCUAUGAAAAGCGGAGAGAUUUUGAGAAACUAGCUCAUCUGUAUGACACACUGCAUCGAGCGUACAGCAAAGUCACGGAGGUUAUGCAUACAGGAAAGAGAUUGCUGGGUACAUAUUUCAGAGUUGCAUUUUUUGGACAGCAAUACCAGUUUACAGACAGUGAAACAGAUGUGGAGGGGUUUUUUGAAGAUGAAGAUGGAAAGGAAUAUAUUUACAAAGAGCCUAAACUCACACCUCUUUCAGAAAUUUCUCAGAGGCUGCAAAAACUCUACUCAGACAAAUUUGGAUCGGAAAAUGUCAGGAUGAUCCAGGAUUCUGGCAAAGUAAAUCCUAAGGAUUUGGAUUCAAAAUAUGCCUAUAUUCAAGUUACACAUGUAGUUCCAUACUUUGAGGAAAAGGAAUUGCAGGAGAGAAAAACUGAAUUUGAAAGAAAUCACAACAUCCGUCGCUUUAUGUUUGAGAUGCCUUUCACUCAGUUGGGUAAAAGACGAGGUGGAGUGGAGGAGCAAUGUAAAAGGCGCACCAUUCUUACAGCUAUACAUUGUUUUCCCUAUGUAAAGAAACGAAUUCCCAUAAUGUAUCAGCAUCAUACUGAUCUAAACCCAAUUGAAGUUGCCAUUGAUGAAAUGAGUAAGAAAGUUGCAGAACUCCGGCAGCUUUGUUCAUCAGCUGAAGUAGAUAUGAUCAAACUUCAGUUAAAGCUACAGGGUAGUGUCAGUGUCCAGGUUAAUGUUGGGCCACUAGCUUAUGCAAGAGCUUUCCUAGAUGACACAAACACCAAAAGAUAUCCGGACAAUAAAGUAAAGCUACUGAAAGAGGUUUUCAGACAAUUUGUUGAAGCUUGUGGGCAAGCCCUAGAAGUAAAUGAACGCCUUAUAAAAGAAGAUCAGCUAGAAUAUCAAGAAGAAAUGAAGGCUAACUACAGAGAAAUGGCAAAAGAACUCUCUGAGAUUAUGCAUGAACAACUGGGAUGGUAAUACCUUUUAGUUCCUUUUUCAAGUUUUGUAUUGCCUUUUAUACCCAUGGUACAAGAUAAAAUGUUGCUUUUUUAUUUGUAGUACAGAACUGAGGGCAGACUUAGUCCUGCUUCCUUCCUUUGCUCUGAUAGGCUCAAUGAUUGCUCAUUUUGCAUGUCAUAUUCUUGUGUAACUGAAUUCUCAUCAGUCAAAUGAGAAUAUUUUUGCUACACUCAUAAAACAGAGCAAUGAGGCUUUUAGUAGAAAAAAGAGAACCUGCAUUCUCGAGGAGAAUUCUUGGAAAAGAGCCCUACAUCUCAAUACAACAGUGAAUUUUGAGUUCACAAUCAUUCUGCUACACUAUUUCAUACGUAUAAUCCUGUGACUAGUGCUGAAAAAUUGAUAUUGAUCUCCUAAGGUCACCUGAACUGACCUGUUUUCAAAUGUUUUGUUGUUUGAUACUUCCAUCUUACCCUAAUCACAAUUAGAGGUAUUCUCCACUUAAAACAAUAGGAGCCUGCAUCAAGAUAAAUGUAUUUAGGCCUUUUUCCUAAUUUUUUCCAAGAAUGAUUUGCUGCUCUAACCUAACUAAACUUAGGUCUCUGUCUAGUAGCCCUUUUCUCAUUUUGACUAGUGUCCAAAGCAUAAACCCAUGGAAGUCUCAGAAUUCUGAUAAGCCUCCUUCUCCUCUCAUCCCAAGUAUGUGUACGACAUUUUCCUUUUUAUCUUUAAGAUUGCUGCUUUUGAAGAAAAGGCCAGUGUCAUGCCUAACUCGCUACGUAUUUUCAACGCCAUCAGCGGGACACCAACAAGCACAACUGUUCAUGGGAUGCCCAGCUCUUCUUCAGUUGCAUAAGCAUUUUGUAAAUGAAAAUACCUUUAACCUGGAAUACAUAUGGAUUUUGUAUCACUUGCAAACUCAGGAUGAAAUCCAAAGUUGACAGAGGACUGUGCUACAGACGAAUGCUAAGAACUGAGCAUGUUAAAUCUUUGGGUCAGUCAGGGAUAAAGAAACAGUAGGUGAUAGCAUAAUAAAAUAUAUACUGAUGGUGCACAUAUUUUUUAUAUUCUGCUGGCAAUAGUCUACAUAAAAGUAUUUUGGGGAAUUUACGUGUUGAGAGUUCCCUUCUGUUCUUCCUUCAGUGGUAUUAUAAAAUGAAUGGCACAUUACAGGGAGGUGUUGUGGAAUGUAAGUUUGCAGACCUAAACCAUAAACGUGUUCUUCAAUGUAUGCACAUACACAUUGAUAAAAAGUACAAACACUAUUUUAGGGAUAAAUAGACACUAAUUUGAGGGGUUAAUGGAAGUAGAAUAGUUUUUGUACUGUCCACUGAUGUUUGUGUUCCAUUUUAUACCUUGUUGACAUUUUGGAGAGUAUCUGAGCUGAAAAUGAAUCAAGCAAAUUAGUCCAACCAAAGGUCACCAUGUGAUACUAAUAAACUCUGUAGUAGGCAAGAUAUGUACAUAUUUGUUUACUGAUCAUAAAGUCUGUACAUAACUGUAUUGCAUUUCUAAACAUUUUUAAUACUCAUACCAGCUUUCAUCCUUCUACAACUGUGAGAAAUUCAUGUUCAUUCAAAGUAUAUGCUCUAUUUUCUUUUACAUUUUGUUGUAUAUAAAUGUGCAAUAUGAGGUUGUAUACAGUUUCUGUUUAUGCACUGUUUUUUAAAAACAGAAUACAUCAUUUUUGCCAAAGUGAUGGAGUAUGUGAGUGGUGAUAACUACUGUGGUAAAUGGUGAUGUAAUUUAAAGCUUUUACUAUAUUGUUUUAAGACAUUAAUUAGUAAUUUUAUAUUUGAGAAAGAUAAAGGGUUUUAAUUUUAUUUAACUGGAACCACUGUCCUGCUGUAAUUAAACAUUAUGCACUACAUCUAUAUUAAAAAAAAGUUUAAUUUC